AUGGGUGCAGAGAGAUGGACUCCUCCACCCGAGCCACACAGGCCCCACCAGCCUCAAACCUCGAAGACGCUCAGUCCCAACAGGCAGAAGGCACUUUGCAACUCGGUGCUGCAGUGCUGUGCCUGCGGAAAUCGCACCAGGCCAGAAGACCUGGAUCCCAAGGAGGCAGAGCCCAAGGCACCAGCCCAGAGGGCAGACUCGUUUCCUCCUGUAACAUCCAAAGUCCAUGCUGUGGAGCUGGAGGCAGAGCUGAAGGCAGAGCUGGAGGCGUGUGCACCUCCAGAGCCUGUGCCACCUCCAGCAGCCUCUCCAGCUGCAGCUGUGGAGCCAGGGCCGGCCCCAGACACAACUGAGGCCCCACCAGCGCUGGAAGAAGAACCCUCCCCGGGACCCUUGCUGGUUCCUGCCUCAGAGGAGGAGCUGCCUGUGGAGGGACCAACUCAAGGGCCGCUUGUUGAGUGCCCUCACCCUGUCCCAAGGGGAAAACUCGUUUGCCCCCCACUCCUUGAUAUUUCGUUUUCUUUAUUGUUCUUAUUUUGUUUUUAUGUUCUCCAUAGCGUACUUUCUUUUUUGAUGUUUUCAUUACUUUGGGCGUUUGGGUGA